AUGAUGUUGAAAACACUUCCUGAAAAUGAAGCUAUGGAUAUUUGUGACAUAUUUAGAAACUAUGAGCAGCAUAGAAGUGAGAACUCAGCAAUGCCUCAUUUAACUGAUCGGCCUUAUUACAAGGUCCAAACACAAGUGGAAAACCCAACUAGGUACCAUAUACAGCAAGCACAGAGACACCAAGUUAAGCAGUACCUGGCUCUUGACACCAAGUUGCCCAAUCCAACCCUAACGCUGACUCAUCCACAAGCCACAGGUGCCACCCAUUUGGUACAGAAUGGACAUGUGCCUCCUGACAGUGAGAUUGGGAUCACAGAAAAUCCAAUCACCAAAUUGCUAGCUCUUGGGAAGGACCAUGAAAAUGUGUUAUCUGGAAGCAUCUUGGAUGUGUACAAUAGUGACCAAGGGAUUUCACCAAUUAAUAUGGGACUUAGUAACGCUUCCUGUCCAAGAAGUCUACCCGUGAAAAAGGAAACCCCAGAAACAGAUACCCGGGCUCUGGCAAAAGAGAGGCAAAAAAAGGACAAUCACAAUCUCAUUGAAAGAAGAAGAAGGUACAAUAUUAAUUACCGAAUCAAGGAGCUUGGCACUCUUAUUCCAAAGUCUAAUGAUCCUGAUAUGCGCUGGAACAAAGGAACUAUUUUAAAAGCAUCCGUGGAGUACAUCAAGUGGCUACAAAAAGAACAACAGAGAGCCCGAGAAUUAGAACACAGGCAGAAGAAAUUAGAGCUGGUGAACCGACAGCUUCUGCUUCGAAUUCAGGAACUGGAAAUACAGGCUCAGGCACACGGUCUGCCAAUCACCUCUUCACACGGUGCAAUUGAUUUGGUUGCCCACGCCACCAAUCAUCAGACCUAUCCGGAGGAUAAAUCAGGACAUUAUUCCCAAGAACUGACUCUGGCUCAGGAAUCAAGAUCUGACCUCUGCGAUGGAUCCGUAGCUUUUUCUUAUCCCCUGUCAUACUUUACUGAUUUAUCAUUUAGUGCUGCCUUGAAAGAGGAACAAAGAUUGGAUCACAUAUUACUGGAUGAUUCAAUAUCCCCAUUUGGAACAGAUCCUCUGCUUUCUGCCACUUCACCUACAGUAUCCAAAGACAGCAGUAGGAGAAGUAGUUUUAGCACAGAUGAUGGAGAUGAGCUAUAAAAAAAAAACCAAAAAAACCAAAAACCAAAACUGAAUAGACCCAAUCUUCAUAUUGGGAAGGAAUUCUCUGCUGGUGCUAUGCGAUUAUGCUCUG